UUAAAGAGAUGGACUAUGUGAAUCCAAUCCGGAUCACCUGUAGCCUACCCGUCCCGACGGAAGUCAUUCUUGCCCAGUAAAAAAGAGUGUCUAUCUCAGACCAUCUAUUGCCCAUAUAUCCUCCGUCUCAGCAACAGCAAGGCCUGGAGUUGAACUGAUUUUGAGGGGAGUUGAACUGAUUUUGAGGGGAGAGAGAUGGAGAUUUGUCAUAUGUUUGGAAAUGGGUUUCAGCCUAUCCUCGCCCGCCCUUCACUCAUAACCUCUUCACUCCCUCCAUCUCCAGCGGUUGCCAGACCCACCAAGAGCUCUCAAUCCACCUCUGCAACCAUCAAUGUUUCGGCCACAUCUCAAAGACCUCUCUCUGUUUCGCACACAAAAAGGCAAUCCGCUAUUCGCGACAUUCAACAAUCCUCUGAAUUGGACUCAGCUCUGGCAAGGUCAGGAGGGAUGUUGAAGGUGCAAGACUUGAAUGUUGUUCUGCGCCAUUUUGGGAAUCUUAGCCGAUGGCAGGAGCUUUCUCAGGAGCAUAACCUAGGUGAUACUGGAGUGUCUGACGUGUGUGGAUCAGAUGAAAUUCAACAUAUGUGGUUCUUCGAGCUCUUUGAUUGGAUGCUGAAACAAGGGAAAAUCAGCAUAUCAUCUUAUAGCAGUUAUAUAAAGUUCAUGGGAAAGAGCCGUAAUCCUGUGAAGGCUCUAGAAGUAUACAAUAGCAUAACAGAUGAGUCAAUCAGGAACAACGUUACUGUCUGUAAUUCUAUUCUUAGUUGUCUAGUUAGGAACGGCAAGUUCGACAGCAGCAUCAGGUUCUUUCAUCAGAUGAAGCAAAAUGGUCUUAGACCAGAUAUUGUUACGUAUAGCACGCUGCUUUCAGGCUGUACCAAAGCUAAACAUGGCUACUCUAAGGCAUUAGAGUUGGUUGAAGAGCUGAAAUACAAUGGAGUGCCUAUGGAUAGCAUAGUCUAUGGGACACUUCUCGCUGUAUGUGCUUCAAAUAAUCAAUGUAAAGAAGCAGAACAAUACUUUAACCAGAUGAAGGAUGAAGGUCAUUCUCCUAAUGUUUUCCAUUACAGCUCUUUGCUGAAUGCUUACUCGGUAGAUGGCAAUUACACGAAGGCUGAUGAGUUGGUUCAGGAUAUGAAAUGUGCAGGGUUAGUACCAAAUAAGGUCAUUUUGACAACUUUGCUAAAGGUAUAUGUUAGAGGAGGGUUGUUCGAAAAAUCUAGAGAAUUAUUAACUGAACUGGAAGCUUUGGGCUAUGCUGAAGAUGAGAUGCCAUACUGUUUACUAUUGGAUGGUCUUGCGAAGGCUGGACAUAUACAUGAAGCAAAAUCAGUUUUUGAUGAUAUGAAGAAUAAACAUGUGAAAUCUGAUGGCUAUUCCGACAGUAUUAUGAUUUCAGCAUUUUGCCGAAGUGGGCUAUUGGAAGAUGCAAAACAGUUGGCUUGCAAUUUUGAAGCCACAUAUGACAAGUAUGACGUGGUUAUUUUGAAUACAAUGCUUUGUGCCUACUGCAGAGCAGGGGAAAUGGAGAGUGUUAUGAAAAUGAUGAGAAAAAUGGAUGAAUUAGAAAUCAGUCCUGAUUGGAAUACUUUUCAUAUCCUAAUAAAAUAUUUUUUCAAGGAGAAGUUGUAUCUGCUUGCUUAUCGUACAAUGGAAGACAUGCACAGGAAAGGGCAUCAACCAGAGGAGGAACUUUGUUCCUUCUUGAUAGAUCACCUCGGUAAAAUUGGGGCCCAUCCAGAAGCAUUUUCUGUCUACAAUAUGUUGAGGUAUAACAAGAGAACAAUGUGCAAGGAUCUUCAUGGGAAGAUUCUGCACAUUCUAAUUGGUGGACAACUUCUCAAAGAUGCAUAUGUAGUAGUCAAGGACAAUGCGGGGUUGAUCCCACAGCCUGCUAUAAAGAAGUUUGCAACUGCAUUUAUGAAGGCUGGUAAUAUAAACUUGAUAAAUGAUGUUAUAAAGGCUCUACACAGUUCUGGCUCCAAGAUUGGUCAGGGUUUAUUUCAUAUGGCUAUAUCACGUUAUAUUGAGCAACCUGAAAAGAAGGAACUGCUUCUCCAGUUGCUACAGUGGAUGCCAGGUCAAGGCUAUGUUGUUGAUUCCUCUACAAGAAACUUAAUCCUCAAGAAUUCACACUUAUUUGGGCGCCAAGUGGUUGCAGAGAUAUUGUCCAAACAGCAUAUGGUGUCGAAAACAUUAAGACCUCGUGAGAUGAAGAAUAGAUGAAGUUAAAAAUGGAAAGAUUCCAGAAAUCUACGGAUCAGAUUCCACCAGAAUUUAUUUCAGCAUUUGGUCGUGAUUUUCUCUUGGGCAACCGGUGGCAUGUAACAGAGCUCUUGCCCACAAUUAUGGCUAUUUCAGGAGCAUUCCUGCAGAAUCUAAAGCACUUCUGAUGGUUUAAGGUAGAAAUUUUUUACGUCCUAGUUGCAAUGGUUGUCCCGGAUUUAGGAAGCUCUUCAGAAGGUGUGUCCCGAGAUGGUGGUCUACAGGUCUUCUCCGUUCUCCAGUAGUAUGCAUACCAUAUUGCUGAUAUGUUGAAACGAAAAUGAAAUUACACAAUAAUAAUAAUGAAUUAUGUGACAUAGGAAGUGUUUUAAAAGUGAUGAAGACAAGAUUUUGAUGUAUGUUUGUACAUAUUAAAUGUCAUUUUUAGUUACCGA